AUGACUUGUGUCCUUAAAGGGGUUGAGCAGCUCAGGGUCAAGGGUAGAGUGCGAGUGCCCGAGCGUGACGUCACCGAUGAGGUAAUGCGUGCUCUGCCCAUGUCGAGUGAGGGGAACAAUCGAACGGCCCGCGAGAAUGGAGUAGCGAAUAAUCAUGGCGGCGCCGAACUUAAAUCGGAUCCCGUCAGCCCCGAGAAGCAGUUACUUGUAUUCAUGUGGUACAUAGUCAACCAAGAAUCUAUGAGGCAAAUAGCUCUCCAGUUUGACUUGUCCAUAUCGACCGUGUGCUUGAAAUUCAAGAAAGUAGCCCGAGCCAUCAUCCGCAGAUUUAUUCAGGUAAUCAAUUGGCCGACCGUACAAGAACAGGCCCAGAUAUCAGCAGCGUUUGAGGCAACCAACCAGCUACAGGGUGUCAUUGGGUUACUCGAUGGGACGCACAUUGAGCUGACUGGCUGUAUUGGAAGGGAUCAGGACUACAUCAACAGAUCCAGAUAUCCAUCAAUGCAGUUGCAGCUUGUGGUAGACCACAAAUUAAUGAUUAGAAAUGCAACUACAGGUUGGCCUGGAUGUGCCCAUGAUGCCAGGGUGCUUCGCAAUAGUGCUCUGUUCGAACGUGCUGAGGCUGGUCAGGCAGUGGCAGAUGGCAACAUAAUCUUGGCAGAUUCUGCCUAUCCGCUGAAGCGUUGGCUGAUUACACCAUUCCAGAACAAUGGAAAUUUGACAAGAGAGCAGCGAAAUUUCAACCGCAGGAUAUCAGGGUGCCGACAAAGUGUUGAAAGGGCCAUUGGUCAUCUGAAGGGACGGAUGAGGAGGUUGAAAGAGGUCAUGGGGCAUGAUGCUGGUGAGGUCGAGGAACUCAUCAUGACAGCAUGCAUUCUGCACAAUCUUUGCAUCAUUGAGGAUGAUGACAUUGAUCAUUAUAUUGAUAUGGACCUGCCACCUCAUCCAAAUCGUUUACCAAAUAUGAUCCGAAAUGCUCGUGACGGAGUGGUGCGUCGACAACAAGUGAUGCAUGAAAUCAAUCAGCUGAGAGAUGCGCUCUAA